AAGUGAACUAUUCAACCUGUAGCUGUCGCGAGGAGCGCGCGCGCGUGCUGGAUAAAAGCGGGUUGCUAUGGCGAUCAUCAGUCUGUGAGCGAGCGCGAGCACUAUGUAAACUCUCACCUUCAUACAAACCUAAAGAAGAAAGUGGACGAGAGGAGGACUUUUUUGGCGGGUGGGUUUCUGCUCAUUAAGCAUUUGACUCGUGCGUAGCAGUGACUGUUCGACAUUAAGAGACAUGUUUCCUCAUCACUUGGUGGUUCUGUGUUCUUUGACCCUGUUCGUGACGCGGAUCUCGGCACAGAAAUCCAACGGUCAACGGUGGUUGAUCGGGGAUAGAGACAACCAUUGCACGGUUGCCUGCUCAAAGACUCAUGUCAAACCAGUGUGUGGCUCAGAUGGACGCAGUUACGAUACAAACUGUGAACUGCAGAGGGCAAAAUGCAAGGAUCGCACACUGACUCUAGCCUACAGGGGCCGGUGCAAAGGUAAGCUGUAUGGGCGGAUUGAUCAGUCCCCCAUGCUUACUGUUCCCACGCUGACUUCAGAAGGUAAAGAGCUAGAAAUCAAAGGCCUGUCAAAAUGCCUUGUGGAGAGGAGCCUGGCGCUGGAGCAAGCCAAGAUGGCACAGGAGUCCAUCUUCAUCCCAGAGUGCAACGAAGACGGGACAUUCGCCCAGGUCCAGUGCCACACACUUACAGGUUACUGCUGGUGUGUAACCACUGAGGGCAAACCCAUCAGUGGCACCUCAGUGCAAAACAAGACUCCAGUGUGCUCAGGAAACGUCCAUGAAUUUAUGGGAACUCAUGCUGGGACGAGUGGAAUGACAGGUUCAGUAACUGAUAAACCUCCAGGACCACCUAGCUCUGGCAGAAAAGUCUCUUUCCGUUUCUUUCUCACCCUCAACCCAGAUGAUGGCUCCAAACCCACACCCACAAUGGAGACCUACAUCAUCCCAGAUGGUGAAGAGAUCACAGCCCCCACACUGAGGGAUAAACAGACGCUGCCCUACAGCAAAGACAAACAGAACAGCUCCAGCAGCAGAAAGCCAGAGAAAGUUCCUUCUUGUGACCAAGAGAGACAGACUGCACUUGACGAGGCUCGGCAGAACCCAAGAGACGGAGUCUUUGUCCCAGACUGUGGGCUGCUAGGCCUGUACAAGCCUGUACAGUGCCACCAGUCCACUGGAUACUGCUGGUGUGUGGUGGUAGACACAGGACGACCCAUACCCGGAACUUCGGCCAGAUAUAAAAAGCCUGAGUGUGCAGUCCGUUCCCCCGUGACUGAUAUGGAGGAUCCUUUCCGAGACAGGGAUCUGAAUGGCUGUCCAGAUGGAAAGAAAAUAGAAUUCAUAACCAGCUUGUUGGAUGCCCUAACCACAGACAUGGUAAACACCAUUAACUCACCAACUCCCUCUGGUGGUGGGAGAUUUGCAGAACCUGACCCGAGCCACACUCUGGAGGAGCGUGUGGUACAAUGGUACUUCUUUCAGCUGGACAACAAUGGCAGCCAUGACAUCAGCAAAAAGGAAAUGAAGCCUUUCAAACGUUAUGUGAAAAAGAAAGCCAAGCCCAAGAAAUGUGCUCGCAAGUUCACUGAUUACUGUGACCUGAACAAGGACAAGGCCAUUUCUCUGCAGGAGCUGAAAGGAUGCCUUGGGGUCAAUAAAGAAGGUACUACAACAAGCAGCAGCAGUCAGGGGACAAGGCAAGGAACUAAUUUGUUCAUAGGCCGUCUAGUGUGAGGACAGAAGCUUCCAGAAGAUGAGCCAAGAGUAGAGAGAAGACAGGCUGAUGACUUGAACAGAAAGAGAGAAAAAAGAAGAGGUUCCUAAAGAGAAAAAAAAAAGCUGAAAUGAUAACAUUGGAGCCAAAAUAUUUGCACUUUCCUCUCCCAUCGGUAGACAUUUGCCCUGUCUCUGAUUUCGUUGUAAACAUUUUCUGACUUUAUGACAUCUGAUGUAAGCGGACAAAACUUUGUAUAAGAAAAUGGUACUCGUACGUGGCUGACUUCCUGCGUCAACCCACACAACACGUUAUAAGUGUAUUAUCAUGUGUGCUCAAGAAUACUAAUCACACAGCAAGGUCUAGUCAGUAUUAUACACCACAGCAGAUUUUAAUCACAAACCUUCCAUGUAGUCUUCUGAAGUAGAGGUCAUAGUUGCACAUAACCAGUUUGUUUGUUUUUAUAAAGGUCACUUCUUUUAUUUUUACAUUACAUUAUAUGUACAUUUGGACUAAGCAUGAACAGAAAAACCAGCCCAACAUGGUUUCCAUCUUCUGUGUACUUAAUCAUAAGCAUAACACACGUUAUUUCAGUAGCUGCAGGUUUAAACAUGUAUCACAUCUUGGUGAGCUUUACCUAAAGUACCUAAAGAUAAUGUGGCAUAUCAGAUGAAAGAUAUUUUUGUUGAGUGACUUUAUUAGUAACCACUUUAUUAGGAACACCUGUACACCUGCUUAUUCAUGCAAUCAGCAAAUCCUGUUUGUUUGUUUUUUUUAAACAGACUUAAGAGGAUAAUAAUAAUAAUAACAAUUUCAACAUAACUUGUUUUCUUCCCCAGAAAACAUAUGACCAAUCCAUUCUUCGUCUUCAUAAUAAAUUUGUAAACACUUCAUAACACAUGUAUAAGGUUAGACUUAACAUUUCUGUAAUAAUCCAUUGUAAUAUAAGAACAAUUUGUCAGUAUUGCAAUGCACUGUAGAAAGUAAACAGCCUUUUUGUUGUU